CCUUCCAGUGCAAGCAAAUCCUGCCGGACAAAAAUCCUACCUCAGCUGAAAAGAUGUCCUUCGAGGGUGCCAGGCUCAGCAUGAGGAACAGAAGGAACGGCCUGCUGGACAGUACCCGGACCCUGUACUCCAGCACGUCCCGCAGCACGGACGUGUCCUACAGCGAAAGCGACUUGGUGAAUUUUAUUCAAGCAAAUUUUAAGAAACGGGAAUGUGUCUUCUUUACCAAAGAUUCCAAAGCCACGGAAAACGUGUGUAAGUGUGGCUACGCCCAGAGCCAGCACGUGGAAGGCACCCAGAUCAACCCAAAUGAGAAAUGGAAUUACAAGAAACACACCAAGGAAUUUCCAACGGACGCCUUUGGGGAUAUUCAGUUUGAGACUCUGGGGAAGAAGGGGAAGUAUAUCCGGUUGUCCUGUGACACGGACGCGGAGACCCUCUAUGAGCUGCUGACCCAGCACUGGCACCUGAAAACGCCCAACCUUGUCAUUUCCGUGACCGGAGGCGCCAAGAACUUCGCCUUGAAGCCGCGCAUGCGCAAGAUCUUCAGCCGCCUCAUCUACAUCGCGCAGUCGAAAGGUGCGUGGAUUCUCACUGGAGGCACCCAUUAUGGCCUGAUGAAGUACAUCGGGGAGGUGGUGAGAGACAACACCAUCAGCAGGAAUUCAGAGGAGAACAUCGUAGCCAUUGGCAUAGCGGCUUGGGGCAUGGUCUCCAACAGGGACACCCUCCUCAGGAAUUGCGACGCCGAGGGAUAUUUUUCAGCUCAGUACAUAAUGGAUGACUUCAAGAGAGACCCUCUGUAUAUCCUGGACAACAAUCACACCCAUCUGUUACUCGUGGACAAUGGCUGCCACGGACAUCCUACGGUUGAGGCAAAACUGCGGAAUCAGCUGGAGAAGUACAUCUCUGAGCGCACUAUUCAAGAUUCCAACUACGGUGGCAAGAUCCCCAUUGUGUGUUUUGCCCAAGGAGGUGGCAAAGAGACUUUGAAAGCCAUCAACACCUCCAUCAAGAGUAAAAUCCCCUGUGUGGUGGUGGAAGGCUCAGGGCAGAUUGCGGACGUGAUCGCGAGCCUGGUGGAGGUGGAGGAUGUGCUGACGUCAUCCGUGGUCAAGGAGAAGUUGGUGCGCUUCUUACCCCGCACGGUGUCCCGGCUGCCUGAGGAAGAGACCGAGAGUUGGAUCAAAUGGCUCAAAGAAAUUCUCGAAAGUUCUCACCUGUUAACAGUUAUUAAAAUGGAAGAAGCUGGGGAUGAAAUUGUGAGCAACGCUAUUUCCUAUGCUUUGUACAAAGCCUUUAGCACCAAUGAACAAGAUAAGGAUAACUGGAACGGGCAGCUGAAGCUUCUUCUGGAAUGGAACCAGCUGGACCUAGCCAGUGAUGAGAUUUUCACCAAUGACCGCCGAUGGGAGUCUGCUGACCUUCAAGAGGUCAUGUUUACGGCUCUCAUAAAGGACAGACCCAAGUUCGUCCGCCUCUUCCUGGAGAAUGGUUUGAACCUGCGGAAGUUUCUCACCAAUGACGUCCUCACCGAGCUCUUCUCCAACCACUUCAGCACCCUUGUGUAUCGGAACCUGCAGAUUGCCAAGAAUUCCUAUAAUGACGCCCUCCUCACGUUUGUCUGGAAACUGGUAGCUAACUUCCGAAGAGGCUUCCGGAAGGAAGAUAGAAAUAGCAGGGACGAGAUAGACGUAGAGCUUCACGACGUGUCUCCUAUAACUCGACACCCCCUGCAAGCACUCUUCAUCUGGGCCAUUCUUCAGAACAAGAAGGAACUUUCCAAGGUCAUUUGGGAGCAGACCAGGGGCUGCACUCUGGCAGCCCUGGGAGCCAGCAAGCUUCUGAAGACUCUGGCCAAGGUGAAGAAUGACAUCAAUGCGGCAGGGGAGUCCGAGGAGCUGGCCAAUGAGUACGAGACCCGUGCAGUUGAGCUGUUCACGGAGUGCUACAGCAGCGACGAGGACCUGGCCGAGCAGCUGCUGGUGUACUCCUGUGAAGCCUGGGGCGGCAGCAACUGCCUGGAGCUGGCGGUGGAGGCGACGGACCAGCACUUCAUCGCCCAGCCUGGCGUCCAGAAUUUUCUUUCCAAGCAGUGGUAUGGAGAGAUCUCCCGAGACACCAAGAAUUGGAAGAUUAUCCUGUGUUUGUUUAUUAUACCCUUGGUUGGCUGUGGCUUUGUAUCAUUUAGGAAGAAGCCCAUCGACAAGCACAAGAAGAUUCUGUGGUACUACGUGGCGUUCUUCACCUCCCCCUUUGUGGUCUUUGCCUGGAACGUGGUCUUCUACAUCGCCUUCCUCCUGCUGUUUGCCUACGUGCUGCUCAUGGAUUUUCACUCGGUGCCACACUCCCCCGAGCUGGUCCUCUACGCCCUGGUCUUUGUCCUGUUCUGCGACGAAGUAAGACAGUGGUACAUGAAUGGGGUGAAUUAUUUCACUGACCUGUGGAAUGUCAUGGAUACACUCGGGCUUUUUUACUUCAUAGCAGGAAUUGUGUUUCGGCUCCACUCUUUGAAUAAAACCUCUUUGUAUUCCGGACGGGUGAUCUUUUGCCUGGAUUAUAUCAUAUUCACUCUAAGGUUGAUCCACAUUUUCACCGUAAGCAGAAAUUUAGGACCCAAGAUUAUCAUGUUGCAGAGGAUGCUGAUUGACGUGUUCUUCUUCCUGUUCCUGUUUGCGGUGUGGAUGGUGGCCUUUGGCGUGGCCAGGCAAGGGAUCCUCAGGCAGAACGAGCAUCGUUGGAGGUGGAUAUUCCGCUCGGUCAUCUACGAGCCCUACCUGGCCAUGUUCGGCCAAGUGCCCAGCGACGUGGACGGCACCACGUACGACUUUGCCCACUGCACCUUCACUGGGAAUGAGUCGAAGCCGCUGUGUGUGGAGCUGGACGAGCACAAUCUGCCUCGGUUCCCCGAGUGGAUCACCAUCCCCCUCGUGUGUAUCUACAUGCUCUCUACCAACAUCCUGCUGGUCAACCUGCUCGUCGCCAUGUUCGGCUACACCGUGGGCACCGUCCAGGAGAACAACGACCAGGUCUGGAAGUUCCAGAGAUACUUCCUGGUGCAAGAGUACUGCAACCGUCUGAACAUCCCCUUCCCCUUCGUGGUCUUUGCCUACUUCUACAUGGUGGUGAAGAAGUGUUUCCAGUGCUGCUGUAAGAGGAAAAACACGGAGACGUCUCCUUGCUGUUUCAAAAACGAAGACAACGAGACUCUGGCCUGGGAGGGUGUCAUGAAAGAAAAUUACCUCGUCAAGAUCAACACGAAAGCCAAUGACACCUCAGAGGAAAUGAGGCAUCGGUUUAGACAGCUGGAUACAAAGAUUAAUGAUCUCAAGGGUCUUCUGAAAGAGAUUGCUAAUAAAAUCAAAUAGAACUUCAUGGACUCUAAUGGAGAAAAAUCUAAUUACAGCAAGGUGAUCUCAGAAAUCUACGUGGGAAAAAGUCAAGUGCUGAUGAACAGUUUUGUUACUGAGGACUCAGUAAGAACUGUUCAGGCCCGGGGUACCGAGUAGAUGGCUUUAAUCACCCCAGUGUGCUCAAAUCUGAGAAACGGACGUGUGGUUGGUCUCACACAGGAAGAUGGGCACUAAGGAAGAGCUUCCCCUCAAGGCUGCCCGGUUACUUCCUGAGUCUCGGUCCCGCGGACUUGCUGUGUGAUCGGAGUAUGAUCCUGAACCCCCCCCAUCUUCCUUCGAUUUCCCUACUUCUGACCCCUGCGUGUUGCAGAAUAUCUCUCCCGGGAAGAAGAACCCGGUCGUGCGUUCCCUCCUGGAUGGUUGGUUUGUUUAACUCACUGAUCCCCGGCUAUUUUCCUUUUGGGAAUAUGUGACUAAUUAGUCGGCAUGUCGUUAAAAAGUCUCCCCAGUCAGGGCAGAUUCUAAAACCUGCCAGGACAAGAGGGGCCCGCGCUGCUCAGGAAAGACUGUUCUCACUUCUCAUUAUGCUUUUUAUCUCUCAGCGGAGGUGAUGUAGCAACGUCUUACCCUCUUACCCUCACCAGGAGCCCCCCAUUCUUAACGGUGUGAAUAAUCACCCAAAAAUGGGACCUUAAGAGGUACCCCUGGUUUUGUUUUCAGUGGAGGCUUCUUUCUCCUCUUUCUUCUUUUCCCGGUAAAGAUAAUUCAUGGAUGUUGUAGAAAAUUCAGACUACACAGACAAGUAGAGAGACGAUAAAUGCUCCUGUUAGUGGUUCAAGAUAAUCGCUGCUAACGUUUUAGGAGGCGUUUCCAAAUCCGUUUUCUUCUAUGCAUGCUUUAUCUAUCUUUUAAAAUUGCACACGAUGUCAUCAAACUACAUACACGAUUCUGUAUAAGCUGUUUCACUGAGUAUUUUAUCAAGGAUGUUUUGUUACGUUCCUGGUCUUCUAAAACACUAUGUGACUAAUGGCAUAAUAUACAAGCUCCGGUGAUUUCCGUAACGCUGGUCGUUGAAGGCUGUUUCCAACUGGUCAGUGGGACAGGCAUCUUGGCGUAUGAAUCUUUUCCUGCGCUUGGGAAGUUUUCCCGUGGCUGGAUCCCCAGGAGCGCGUAUUUAUGAUCAAACCAUUUACGGGGCUUUUUUCAUAAUUGUAUAGCAAAUAGGAGUUAUUAACUUCCGUCUAAGUUGCAAGAUCCAUGAACUUAGAACUCUUUAACAUAAGACAUUAUAUUUAACCCUUAGUUUAGGCAGAAACCCACAUACUUCUAUGAAUAUCGCAGGUAGUGGAGUUAUCCGUAUAGAAUUGGGGAGAUGAUCUUAUCAGACACUUCUCGUUCUGGCUUUCUCUGCAAGGGGUGGUGUCUUUGCCCAAAAGAUGUGCUCAAAGAACAUAAGGCACUUUAAAUGUCCAGAAUUAGUUUUCCCCGCUUUGAAUACACUAUAAACUCAAUGGCUGCAGAAGGAAAUCAUAGAAGGAAGCUAUUAAAAGAUCAUCUAAUUAGAAAAACUACAAAAGCACGAACCCCCCCAAAAGUGUCUUAUCAUUUUGUCUGGGCAUUAGUUGAAAUGAUUACUCACAACAUUCAGAAGGCUGGCAAGGAACGAAUAUAUGGGAAUGACUAUAUUAUUUUUUACUUUUAUUUAUUAUAUACUUUUAUUUUUUACUUAAACUUUAUUGAUGGCUUAAAGGGGAAUCCCCUUCAAAAGGGUUGAUGGGUUCAUGGUUUUGGAUGCUAAAAGUAGAUGGAAAAUUUAUGUGGCAAAAACUGCCAAUGAGUGGAAUUUUCAAAAAUUUCUCUGUUAGUGGGAGAACGUUACUUUUGUUUCACUACGGCAACUGGAAUAUCUGCCUUUUCUGAAGCCACCAAGAAGAGAUUUAUGUCCUCUCUGUGCUGGCGGGAAAAAAUAAAGUGUGUGGCACGUUGGAUAAAUACCACUGUGCGGGGAGAAACAGUCUUUCGCCUCUUACCCUCAUUCGAGUAGUGAAUUUGAAUAAAAUCAGGAAAUCGCACUGCAAACCUCUCAUAAGACCAAACUUAGCAUAACUAUCGGUGGACCCGCUAAAAUGCAUUUGCCCACAGAUUCCUAUGUCCGUUGCCCAUGUUUUUAUUAGUUUGAGAGAGACGUCUACAUGCCCAUCAGUAUCAGCGGCACAAGAACGUCUCCGAUUGGCGCUCGUGACAGAGAACCUGGACAGAUACUCAAAAUCCACUGGAGUUAGAGAAGGACUGACUGAGUGUUUUCAGCUCGGCUUGUCUGUUAGCUGGUUUUGCACGGCCACUCUACGCGAGUUUUGCGUAUUCAAAGUCGUUACGUUAGGUGUAGCUCUAACACGUUAAGGUGUAGGAAAUAGCACAGGUACGGAACGUGCGUCUACUCUGAGCUGCUGUCCUGUGCCCCACUGCUGGUAACGUGCAACUUGGCUUAAACGAGCGUGUAAAUGAAUUAAAUAACAAGGAAGAACUGUCAUGUGUUGCUUUGGUCAUUUUAUCGACGGUGAGAAUAAAAUGAAAUUACUUA